AUGAACGGUAUUUUGGGAUGUUUAAUCUCUCUGCAUCACUUUCUUUCUUUCUUUCUUUCUUUCUCUCUCUCUCUCUCUCUCUCUCUCUCUUUCUCUCUCAUUUUCACUUUCGAUGUGCGCUUUGUUUCCUUUGUCUCUUCAUUUGAAAUCUACGAGUGGAUAUAUCUGUCGACCUCUCAGUUAUUCUAUCUUUCUGUUUGUAAUUUCUUCACGUCUCCCUGUCAUAUCGCAAGGGGGCGUAUCUAUCAUUUUAUUCCUACGAACAUUCUGUCAUCCAUCCACCAAUCUGUUUUCCUGUCUAUUUUCUGUUUGCCAGUGAUCUUAAUCUAUCGGCGUAUCCGUUUAUCUAUCUAUCUAUCUAUCUAUCUAUCUAUCUAUCUAUCUAUCUAUCUAUCUUAUCUAUCUAUCUCAGCCUGUUCUUAUCUAUCUAUCUAUCUAUCUAUCUAUCAACAACUUCACUGUCUUUCUCGUUAUAUUUCACUCUUCUUUCUUAUCUCUCACUUUUUCCUCUCUCUCUCUCUCUCUCUCUCUCUCUCUCUCUCUCUCUCUCACACACACACACACACACACACUCUCUUUCUUUCGUUUUCUCUCCCCCCAUCACUUUCUUUCUUUCCCUCAGUUUCUCUCUCUUUCAUAACUUUCUCUUUCUUUUUCCCUCACUUUUUCUAUCUCUUUCCCUCACUUUCUCUCCUUCUCUCUCUCCCUCAGUUUCUCUCUUUUUCUUUCCCUCACAUCCUUUCUUUCCCUCACUUUCUCUCCUUCCCACCCUUUCUCUCCCUUUUCUUCUCUCUCUCGCUUUUUCUUUCUCUCUCUCUCUUUCCUUCACUGGCUGACAUUCUCUCACUCUUGAUUCUUUUAUAUUUUAUGUUUUACCUCUUCUUUCUUUCUUUCUUUCUUUCUUUCUUUCUUUCUUUCUUUUUUUCUUUCUUUCUUUUUUUUUUUUCUUUCUUUCUUUCUUUCUUUCUUCAAAUUCAUUUAUUCUUCAAAACCAUUCUUUCUUUUUUUCUUUCUUUCUUUUUUUCUUUCUUUUUUUCUUUCUUCAAAUUCAUUUAUUCUUCAAAACCAUUCUUUCUUUUUUUCUUUCUUUCUUUUUUUCUUUCUUUCUUUCUUCAAAUUCAUUUAUUCUUCAAAACCAUUCUUUCUUUUUUUCUUUCUUUCUUUAGACGUUAUUCUUUCCCUCAUCACACUCUCUUCUUCGCAUCACUUGCUCUCCUGCUUCCCUCUGAGAAGUAUAUGUGA